CCGGCGGUGGCCGAGACCCGCAGUCCCACCGUGCCCCGCAGGCCGGGGGUCGCCUCCCUCCGGGCUCCCUCCGUGCCGCGGGGCGCUCGGAGCGGCUCCCGCGCCGCUCGGCUCCGGCCGUUCCUCUCCAGCAUCCCGGGGUGGCUCCGCUCCAGCUCCGACACGCGGGACUGAAAUGACCUUGGACGCCGGGACCAAGGGCAGCUCGCCGAAUCCCGCCCGGGCUCGCUCGGGCCGCGGCCGGCCGCCCGCCGGUGCCUGCCUCCGCCUCUGAGCCUCCUGGGGUUCACGGGGAGGCGGGAUCCCUGCCCGGCUCGCUCCGGCCUCCGCCGCGCGUUUCUCCGGCAGCGGGGAAGGGAUCCAGCGAAAAUCGCUCGCCGACGGAGGGGCUCGCGCCGGACCUUUUCCAGGCUGGAUCCCAGCGCCGCUGCCACGCCGAUGCAUGAGAAGGCAGCUCCCCUGAAGAGCCCCGAGCCCAGGCACGGUCGUGAGAAGCUGGAGGUGUCCCACAAGCAGAAGAGUUUGGAUUCCCUCGACAGCAGCCUCCGCCUGAACGAAGCCCUCAAGGAUGAGGACAUCAAGAAAUGCCACCGGGAAGUGGCUGCUAGCAAGUACAACUCCCAGUACCACAAGCUGUUCAAGGACAUCCCGACGGAGGAGAGCGUGCUGAAAGUUUGCUCCUGCGCACUCCAGAGAGACAUCCUCAUCCAGGGAAGGCUUUACAUCUCCCCCAACUGGCUCUGCUUCUACGCAAACCUUUUUGGGAAGGACAUUAAGGUGGUGAUCCCAGUGGUGUCUGUACAGCUGAUAAAGAAGCACAAGACGGCUCGGCUGCUGCCCAACGGCCUGGCCAUCACCACCACUGCCAGCAGAAAGUACAUCUUUGUAUCCCUCAUCUCUCGUGACAGUGUCUAUGAUGUCCUGAGGAGAGUUUGCACCCACCUGCAGGUUUCCAGUAAGAAGAGCUUGAGUCUGAAGGAGCUGUCGGAGGAGCCGGACUCUGUGUCACUGGAGGUGAUCGUCCCCGAGGGCAAGUGGAGGAAGGUGUCACCUACCUCACUGUCACUGUCACUGCCAGAUGCCAACUACCAGUGCAUCCACCGGACCUCUGUGAGCAGCCUGAGCACCAAGGAGAGCUCCUUCACCUCUGAGGAGCCGCUGGUUUCAGAAAGUGCAAUAAAUACCGAGGAGGAGCUGGAGGUGGAGCAGAGCUGUGUGGCAGAGCUGAGACCCUCUGACUACCAGCUCCUGAAGAUCUUCAUCGUGCUCAUCUGUCUCCUGGUGGUGUCCUCCUCGUACCUGGCAUUCCGCAUCUUCCGUCUGGAGCAGCAGCUCUGCUCUCUGAACCGGGAUUACCUCUCCCGCGGGCACAGGAGGUGACCGUUCCCCAGGUGCUGGCUGAGGAUGGACACUGAGGUGGUGGCACCCUGCCCAUGGAUCCCGGUGCUGUGUCCUCCCAACCGUGGCUGUUACGUUUGGUCCGGCUUUCCCUCGGCUGGUAAAAUGGGACCAAGUAUUUUCUCUCUUCCUUCGGGCACUUGCUCCUGGUGGGACUUUGCAGCCAGGUUCUGGCCACCAGUGCCAACUCCCCAUCCCACUGGAAACCUGUUUUCUCCCUGGGACACUGCUGUGCUGUAGCACUGGACAAUGGCUCGGGGCUGCUGAGCACUUGGACCUUCCCUUAGGACUUGCUGCUAAGAUGGAUGCUGGUUUUUAUUUCAGGCUUGGUUUUUUCUUGUUAAAAGAUGACCUUGGCCUCACCAGGAACCCCCAGAAAUAUGGAUGACUUGCCACUGCUGCUCUGAAGCAGAGAACAAGAACCCACUUGUUUGUCCCUGUCUCAGUAUCCCUGGGAAUGUUCCUGGAGGAAUGGCCCUGAACACAGGGAUCUGUGGGGAUGGGGAGAAAGGUCCCACUAGCCCUGUGGGUUGUCAUUUAUCCCACACACAAGGGAGAGGGUUCAAGCCAGGGCUGCCCAGCCCUUCUCUCCUGGAGCACUGGGCUCAGAGAGGGUUGUGUGUGUGUGUGUGUGCAUCCCUUGCAAAGCACUUUAAGGUCCCCCAGACCAGGUGUCCUCGCUGGGGUUCACACCUGGCCCAGGUGAACUUUGUUAGUCCUGCUCACUCCAUGAGGACACUGGAAAGGAGCCCAUGGCUGGCACUGGGGAAUGUCCCGGGGUGCAGUGUCUGUGCCCUGGCUCCUGUUAACCUUGUAACCACAUGGAGCUGAGUGCUGCAGGAUCUGUCUCCCAGGAUUUGUCCCUCAGCCCCCCUGGGAGCACCCUGGGCUGGCAGGUGGUACCGGUGUGAUUCCUUUCUUUCCUGUUUUUUUUGGGAACUACAAGUGCUGACGGGGCCAAAUCCCAGCGCCCUGGGGAAGAGCUCACUGCUCACUCCAGGCUUGGAACGGCUUUUAAAUGGAAUUACAAUAAACCCAGGAUUUUCUAGCACAUCACUCUCUCUUACCAGCGUCCUCCCCAGCGGUGCUAGGCUGUGAGCCCCAAAACCGGCCACCCCAAAAUCUGUGCUGUCCCAGUGUCCCUUCAGGAUGUGGGUGACAUGGGGACAGCCCAUCCUGUCAUGGGGACAAGGGAUGCUUCCGAUGAAGGGGCCGAGGAGGUUACUGCACUAGAUGGCAGCAGAGACCGCGGGAUGUGACGCGAGGGUGGCAGGGCCACCGUGGGGACAGCGAUGCCGGGGGAGGGAGCUGAGUUGCAGCCCCGCCCAGCUGGGGUGGGCAGAGUGAGCCUUCCUCUUUCUCCUCCUCCUCCUCACUGCACAUCCACAACUCAAUUCCACUCCUUUCCCAGGCCUGG